UUUUAAUAACAAAAACAUACAAAUAAAUGUGUAUCAACAAUAUAGUCUUAGGGAACAGUACAACAAUUUGAUCUUUAAAAAAUAGCCUCCAUAACUACGGUUAUCAUUGAGAUCGUACUGCAAAACGUUUGUAAAAAUGAAACAUUUUAUAAAACAUGGAAACCUGCGAGAGAUCAAACUGAAAGUAAAAAGGACCAUUAAAAACCCCCUAAAGAAAGCACACAUGAGACUAACAACAGUGAUGCUUGCCGAUGACGGCUAGAAAAAGUGGACUUAAAUUCAUUUUAAACUGGGCUCUUGUCCUUUCCUAUGUUGUGUAUAAUAGUCCUAAUCAUGUAGAACUUUUUUACAUGGGUACAAUUCUGAUGUGGCAUGAAAUUUAGAUGAUCAUUAUGUAGUUUAAAAAAAAAUCCUAACGGCAUUGAUACAGACUUCUCGAACAUUAUUAAAUGCUUCGUUUUUGAUUACCACCGACUCGGCAACUUAUAUUUUAAUGCUGGUACAGUAAUCCCUCGUUUAUCGCGGUUAAUGGGGACCAAAACCACCCGCGAUAAACGAAAAUCCGCGAAGUAGCGUCCAAUUAACGUAAACGAGUAAAGAAAAAAAUAUAUACCUUCAUAUAUAUUAAGUCUGAAAACGGUCCGCGAGAAGCUGCAAAACAACAGCUAGUCACAUAGAGCAACAUAUACAGUACUGUACUCCAUGUUUAUGUAAAACAAUAAUAAAUGUGUUUUUUUUCUUUUUUAAUGUUUGAAAAAAUCCGCGAUGCACUGAACCCGCGAUAAACGAAACGCGAAGUAGCGAAAGAUCACUGUAGUACGUCUCAUUUCCGGGAAACGCUUUUAUUUUGAAACACAUUCCGGAAAUUACAUUACAUCCCAGGGCAGGCUUGACAGCUGUCCCGUCCCGCGGAUGAUGAUCCACCUUGUCCCACUUGUUCACUUGUCCCACUCGGCGCAGAGGACAAGGGGCCGAGGCAGCAGUACCGCAUUGCGCGGCACUCACGCGCCUCUCCACGCAACCCACUCUCCGCCCCGGCCCGGCCUGGCGAUCGGGGAACCGAGGGGGGGUCUCGGCUCCGUACCCAUCCCGCUUCAAAUGACCUCCGCGCCGGUGGGGGAAGUGGCUUCACUCGCAAGAUGAAAGCCGACGGAGGGGCCAGCGUCACCGUGGACAAGCUGAACGGCGACCCCAAGCGGAGGCCCAGCUACCCGGGGGAGCCGCGCGCCAAGCACGCCAGCAUGUCCGCCAAGGUGUGGGUCAAAGUGGCCAUGGCUAUCGCCUAUUUCAUGUGCGUGUCUGUGGCCGCCUUCAUCCUGGUCAUCUACUACGUAUUCUUCUGGACGCCCGACCCGCACAAUAACAGCACCAGCAGCGUCACGGAGCCGCACAACCGCACCAACUGCGCGCCUAAAUUCGGAUGACCGAGCUGGAGGCAACCGCACGCCGGUGGGCGGGCUUUGCGUGAAGUGUAGAGGCUGCGGCAGGAGCGCGCACAGAUGGAUGCGAGGAUGGAGGACACAAGAGGAAGGGGGGGAGGGUCGUCCUGGUUUUAUUGGGUGGGGGUGAUGCUGAAGGAUGCACCAAAAAGACCCCGAAGUGCUCUCAACCUUUUGCUGCUCUUGAAGGACGUCCAGGACUCAAUGUUGACUUGCAUCUCCCUCUUGAGGCUCGUUAAAGUUUAUUUACCUUUAAGGACAUCCAGGAAUGGACUCAGAAAGGUUUUUAUUCAAUAUUUAGAAAUCCUGACUCGGCAGCCUUGUAGCCACCCCCUUAAAUCUAGUCAAACACUUUAUUUACCUUAAAGGACCGCCCUGUGGACCCUUACGUCUACCUCCAGUCGCUUAAUUCUUGUAAAUAGAUAUUUUAUGCCCAAAUUUAAGGAAUUCACUCUCCAAAUAUAGUGGUCAUUUAAAGAUGCCACAAAUACAAAUAACCGAAGUUAGUUUUUUAUGAGUUUGUAGAUAAUAUUUUGUGCAGGAUUUCUCAACUGCGCCCGAGGAUGCGCAAGAAAGCGCCCUGAAUCAUUUACUGUCCUUGAAGGGCCUCUUGGACUGGGAUCCCUCACCCAUUUUAAUAUCCACAAACCUUGGCUUCCAACCAAGUGGCCACACUAAAAGCUAGUUUGACACUUUAUUUACCGUAGAGGACCACCAAGACUGACCCACCCGGAGGGUUCUGUUUAAUAUUCAUACAUCCCAUUUUAGCAACCAUGUACCAUGUUUGUCUCUCUUUGUGCCCUGUGACCUACUGGCGUCCAGUUCAGGGUGAAGUCUGCCUUCCGCCUGAAGUCACCUGAGAUAAGUUCCAAGCCAAACUUACCCCCACCUACAGCACCCCCCGCCCCCCACCCCUGCAGCCAGUGUACAGGUUAAGCGGUUUUAAAAUUGAUGGAUGGAAAUGGACCCUAAACAGUUGGCUUAACCGAUUAAUAGGCCAGACGAUAUUAACUCUUAAAAUUGCCAGAAAUGUGUCUUUUUUUGUGUAAUUUUUAGCACAUUACAAUAUAAGAAAUACAAAUAUUCCCCCCCGCCCAAAAUUAAAUCGAUCGAUUUUUGCCAAUUUUUCUCUCUGUUGUGUAGUUAAACAAAUCUAAAGGGCAAUUUUGUAAAACAGUCUAAUGUUCUUCCUGUAAUUCAAAUAUGAAUUUUUGGAGGGAUAAAGGGACCAAAAAGUUUUCAUUAUUUUAUAAAAUUAAUUGUCUGAUUAAUUGUUUGUUGGAUUCAAAUUUUGCCAAAUAUUGGAAACGGUAUUGACUUUUAAAAAAAGAUCCAUAUUGGUCUGGCCCUACUAACAAGUCCUACAUUUGACUUCUGCAAACUGCUAGCAGCUAGCAGAUAAGCCGUGAUCUUGAUCAGACAAGAUAAACCACAUUGCCAUAUUUGUGGUUAUAUUUCACACACAAUAAGAGCUUAUUUUUUCAUGUGAUGUCUUAAAUUUAAUCCAUGGGGUUUCCUAAUAAUUUGGCCUUUGUGAUGACUAAAAUACAACUUUAAAUGGACCUGGGACGCUCAGUUUGGGAAACAUGCCUUGAAAGUAACCCUCUUAGAACAUAGCUUGUCUGUUGUGAGCCUACCUCUCACUUUGUGCACUGAUUUAAGGCUUGUUGGUCAUACUAUUCAGGUAAUAUCUCAAGUGUAGCGGAACACGUAGCCUCAGUAUAAUCUAGUAUCAUUGUAUAGCAGUGGGGUGGGCAACCACCCCUACACUGUUGUGACUUUGGAUGGAGCUUCACCGUGCGAUGGGACAGCACUUUUAGUGCUCAGAUUGACUGUUUUGAUUGUGACAAUGAUUAUGACAAUAAACUAUGCAUUUA